CACCCCGGGAAGCAAAACAAGAACAACGGUCAUUCCGGUCGGUGGGCAACUGCCGUCGUUUCGGGUUAUUUCACGUUUAUUUCGGAUUAAAAUUUAUUUUUACUGUUGAUGUUCGUUCGGCAGCGGCGGUUGGCUUUCUAGGUUCGGUUCCGGAAGUGUGAAAACAGUGAUAAAUCAAAGGAAGCGGUGAACGGGAGUAUUUGCUGGUGGAGAAUCCCUUGCAACAGUUGAAUCAGCGGAAAAUUAAAAAAACAAUGGCAGAUUGCCAGAAUAUCAGGGUGGCGGUUCGGGUUCGGCCCUUGAACCGGCGGGAACUGGAGCAAAACCAACGAAACAUCAUUAAGGUUCUAGACCGCACAACACUGAUGUUCGACCCGGACGAAGACGAGGACGAGUUCUUUUUCCAUGGUAUGAAGCAAACCCACCGAGACAUGACAAAACGGGUGAAAAAGAAACUUACCAUGGAGUACGACGAUGUGUUCGACGGCGAAGCCAACAACGAGGAUGUCUUUCGGGCCUGCACCAAACCGCUCGUGCAAUCCGUUAUGGACGGAUACAACUGUUCAGUGUUUGUGUACGGGGCCACCGGAGCGGGGAAGACCUUCACAAUGCUGGGAGGUGAAGAGUACCCGGGUAUAACGUUCCUGACGAUGAAAGAACUCUUCCGGCAGAUUGAUGGUUUGACCAACGUCCGAAAGUUCGAUAUUGGAAUAUCGUAUCUGGAAGUAUACAACGAGCUCGUAAUGAACCUGUUGACCAAAACCGGUCCAUUGAAGCUCCGGGAGGACGCCAAUGGGGUCGUGGUUAGUGGGUUGGUUCUGAAGCAGAUCCACAACGCGGAAGAGCUGCUGGAACUUUUGGCGCUUGGAAAUCGGAGCCGAACGCAACAUCCUACGGAUGCGAAUGCAGAAAGUAGCCGUAGCCAUGCAAUCUUUCAGGUACACAUUCGAAUGGUUGACAAGGCUACGGGCCAAAAGAAAACCGUUAAACUUUCAAUGAUAGAUCUAGCGGGAAGCGAACGAGCAGCAAGUACGAAAGGAAUCGGCAUUCGGUUCAAGGAAGGUGCCAACAUCAACAAAAGUCUGCUAGCAUUGGGCAACUGCAUCAAUAAGCUAGCCGAUGGACUGAAACACAUUCCCUACAGAGAUUCAAACCUUACUCGUAUCCUCAAGGACAGCCUUGGUGGUAAUUGUCAAACGGUGAUGAUCGCAAACAUUUCCCCGUCCUCGCUUACCUACGAUGACACGUACAACACAUUGAAGUAUGCCUCCAGAGCGAAGAAGAUCCGUACCACGCUGAAACAGAAUAUUGUUCCCUCCAACGUACCGAAGGAAUACCUCGUCAAGAAGGUUAACGAACAAGCAUUCGAGAUUGAUCGGUUGAAGGCAAGAUUGAAGGAUUUGGAAGAACAAAAAAUUACCGUUGCAACGGCCGCUAAAGCCGCACCCGUUGGAUUUGCCAUGCCGAACGAGACACUGCUCAAUACAUGGCGUUCGAGGAUCGACAAUUGCUAUGCCAUCAUGAGGAAAGCCCAGGAGCAUUACUUCAAUCUACAAAGCAAAGAAAAAACGCUAAAUCUACGAUCUAAGCUAAAGGAACAGGCGGAGAUCAUCAAGAGGAUCGUAACACUGGACGGAAAGCACCUCAAUGGGGAAAUCACCCGUUUGGAGGCAUCCAUCGACCGGUACCACAAGCAAAUCACUCGGCAAAAGGAUGAAAUGAGUCGAUGGGCACAGCGGUACAAAGAUGCGCUGAAGAAUGUGGAAGCUCUUCGCGCCGAAGUAAGAUCCUCGGAUCUUUCCACUCUGCUCGGCUACUACGUACAGUCCAAGGACUACGAGAUGGAAUCAGCCAAGUCACACUACAAGAAAACUCACGUCAUGAAAAUCAACAUGAUCUACGCUGAAGAGAACAAACAGCAGGAAACGAUCAUAAAAUUGAGCGCGGACAUAGUCCAGCAAGACUAUUUGCUACUUCGAAGCUUGGGUAGACUGGAUAACGUUACGUUGGAAAAGAUGGAACAGCUGGCCCGGCUGGAUAUUUACUCCCGUGGUGUCAAGUUCACCGACGAUGGUGACCACUGCGAACUUCUGAGGGAGAGUAACAUCACCGAUAGCAGCGUCGAUGAGAUCAACGAUUUGCCCGAAUGUUCCGACCUGCCUGGAAACGGAUUUGACUUUGAAAAGAAUUCCGGCGUUAAGCGGAUGAUUGACGAUGAUGAAUCCGAAUCUGAGAACGAACGUAAACAACCUAAAUAUGAACAGAAACCGAUCGAAUUCAAGAAACCGAAAGCGCUAAGGCCGCUCAAUUUCCAACCGAAAAGUUUAAGUGUCAAGUCUACGGUCAGCAGGAAAACACCUACGAAAACUCAAAAAACGGCUACCAUCGCGCAAUUUAAGGUUCCCAAUCUUAUCGUGAGCAAUCCCAAAAAGAGUUUGAAGCUGGCAACUGGGUUUACCUCUUCAACUGACACCAGCGAUACUUCUGAUGGACCCGAGGAAGACGGCGGAGUUGUGAAUAGCACCUUCCGUAUUGAUCCAAACAUCAACGACUCUGCCAGUUCCUUAUUUUCGAACGUGCUGGUUGACAGUAAUGUCAACCCCCGUGUGCUGAGUAAAGGUAAAGUGCUGCGGAGGGCUUCUAUGAAAGGGAAUGUAAUUUCCAAAGUGACGUUAACGCUCAACAAAGAAAACCGUAAAUUCAGUCCCAAAAGGGUAGGAAAAAGCCCACGGCCACAUAUGCGAACCAACAAUCGAUCUCAUACCACGGCAGCCAGUGUGAUAAACCGGUAUCGAAUUAUGAAAGCGAAUUCAGCUUCCGGGAGCUCCUCGUCGGCGGGACGUCCCGCAGUGCCAGGAACAUCCGCUGAAACCGCGAGGAAUGCUUAUGAAAGUGACAGGGAACGAAAACUUCGGAAUCUAAGGAAGUGAUAGGUUGUACAACCACAACGGGAAAGUGAGUGAACAAGGGAGUUGUGUGUGUCAUUUUUUCUUUGGUAAUUCGUAAAUGUACUGGUAGAGUUUUUAAACUUUCACGUUAUUUUUGUUAUGCACUUUUAUCUUGCCCAUUUGGACUCGUUGAUCGCAUUCAUCUAUAUUCUGUAUUUUUUUUUAUUUUGGCUAUAAACAUACUAAACGGUAAACAUUUUUUUUAGAGGAACAUUUUAAACAUCGAUUGGUGUAUAAUAGAGCUGAAUAGUAAAUAAUUUUAAAAAUGUAUACCUACAAUGCUUCGAGAAUUAAUAAACAAGACGUUAACAUGCAUUACAAAAUUAUGUAUAUAUUGGCAACUU